AUGGUAGGAGUUCCUCGGAGUCACGGCUGUCGAAACUGUCUGCAGCGCCGUGUCAAAUGCGAUGAAUCCAGUCCGGGUUGUAGACGAUGCCGCGACCGAGGGGUACUCUGUCCUGGUUAUUCUCGAACUUUCAAAUUUUGCCCUGAAACCCCUCAUAUCCCCAAACCUCGACCUCGACCAAACAAAGCCCGUGCCAAUCAAGAUAUCACCAUAGCAUCGGCACCAGUUCUCCGGCGCAUUCGCCCCCGUGGGCUCCCCAUCGACGAACUCUUAGCACCAGCCCUCACCCACCAUGCUUUGUCCACCCAACACGGAGAUGUCUUUUGCGACUGGAUUGCCACCAACUACUCCUGCCUCUAUGCUACCUACGAGACCCAUGUAGCCCUCGAUCCGAUGGUCUACAUGCGCCAUGACCUGGCCACCGCUCCCGCCGUGGUGCGAGGGGCAGUCUGCGCCCUGACCACCCUGCACUUGGCCACCGUCCACGCCGACCGUCAACGGCGCCUACUGAGCUGGGAGCACUACGGCGACGCCUCGGCGCAACUGCGCACUACCCUCGCACCUCGACCCACGGGGGUGGUAGUUGUCACGGAUGAGAUGCUGUUCGCCGCCAUCCUGUUGGGUCUGUAUGCCAUGACGGAUGGGGCGGGCUCGGCGGCGUGGCUGGCGCAUACCCGCGGCAUCUCCGACAUGUUCCGAUUCCGCGGUCCGGGCGUCUUGACCAGUCGCAUCGGCCGCCCGCUCUUCGUCGCCUACCGAUCUUUCGUCCUGGCUGAAGCAUUCUGGUCACGUCGAGCCUGCCCCUUCGACACCAGAGACUGGAAACACGUGAUUGUGCGAACGGCGCUCGCGAUGGAAGAGCCAGCCGUCCGGCUCUGGGAGCUGGCCUCCUGUGAGAUCUUUGCAUGCCCGGGCUAUCUGGCUCGC